AAGAAGCUUUCGCUAACUUAUCCCGGCUAGUCAUAUUUUCUCCUCACUUUACCACUCUUUAUAUACUCUCUUUUAGACUUUGUUCAUAUCCUCUUUCUCAUCUUCUAAAUCUUAGCACCGAGAAGCUAGUAGAGAGAGUGCUCUGUUUUCCUUCUUCCUUGACACCCAGCUUUAUCAAGUGCUCCUUUUCUGAAACAAAUGGUUAAAAUAGGAGGUAUACUUGUUUGUAUGUUGGUUGUUGCUAUGGAUGUAGCAGCUGGUAUUCUUGGCAUCCAAGCAGAAAUCGCACAAAACAAGGUUAAGCACCUAAGACUUUGGAUAUUUGAGUGCAGAGAACCAAGCGAGGAUGCCUUCAAGCUAGGGUUAGCUGCAGCGGGGAUUCUAGUUCUAGCUCAUGUUAUUGCUAACUUCCUAGGUGGGUGCAUGUGCAUUUGUUCUCAAGAAGAGCUUCAAAGAGCCUCCCCUCAUAGACAACUGUCUGUGGCAUGCUUCCUUUUUUCGUGGAUCAUAUUGGCUGCUGGGUUAUCCAUGCUAGCGAUUGGCACUUUGUCGAACAACAAGUCAAGAUCCUCUUGUGGUUUCACACACCAUCAUUUCUUUUCUUAUGGAGGCAUUUUGUGCUUUGCCCAUGGACUGUUUUGUGUUGCGUAUUACGUCUCUGCCACUGCUGCUUUUAGUGAAGAAAAGCAUGGAGGUCAUGCUUAGGUCUUUUCCUUUUCAUGGCACAAGGAUUUUGUUAAAUUUGUAAGCUGUAAAAUUCUAACCUCGAUGUGACAAGCAAUAUUAUCCUUCAGAGCAAUUGGGUCA